AUGCUUCAAUGUCCUUCGUGCCGCAAAGGCGGAUUCCAUACUCACGAAGCCGUUGCUCGCCACAUGAGCCAGCCCAGAUCAGGAUGCAGCACCUGGAUCGAAGACACCAUCCGCAUGAGAACGUGUCUUCCAGAAGAUGAUCCCAUCAAUGUCGAUCAAGAUGCCGAGUCCUCCACUCACAAUGACUAUCACGAAUCCACCUCCCACUACGAUGAUGCUGGAGAAUAUUUAGAUCAUACUGCUGGGGAAGGACAUGCCUCCAGUGGCGAAUUCAUUGAUGUAUUCCCAGGUUCAGCAGAAGUAUACGAAGGCGGAUACACAUUUCUCGGCUUGUUCGACGAGGAUAAAAACAGCGUGUAUCGCGUGAACAACCCGUACUAUCCCUUUAGUGGACGGAAAGACUGGGAAGUCGCGUCUUGGCUGCUGCGUUCAGGCUUGAGCAUGGGGAAAAUUGACUCCUUCUUGUCGCUAGAUAUGAUCAAGGCCCUUCCCUUGUCAUUCUGCUCCGCGAAGGAAUUGCGAGGCCGAGCAGAACAAUUGCCGAGCGGUCCGCGAUGGAUGUCCAAAGUUAUAGAAACGUCUCAUCCUACAAAAUCCCCUGUGAUUCUGUACUGGCGGGAUCCUGUAGAGUGCAUUGCCAGCAUUCUGAACGACCCUUCCUUUCGAGAUCAUUUCAAUUUCACUCCUCAAAAGAUUUACUCUACUGCGGAGCGGACAUGUCGCAUAUACUCAGAAUGGACGACGGGUGACGAUGCAUGGAACAUGCAGUCGAUGUUGCCUAGUGGUGGUACACUCCUUGGAACUAUAUUGUCUUCCGAUAAGACGAACAUUUCUGCUCUGACCGGUGAUAGAGUCGCCCACCCUCUCCUGAUUAGUCUUGCAAAUAUAUCCAUGAAGACUCGUGCAAAAAUGUCAUCUGACUCCUUUCUCCUUACCGCCCUCCUUCCGGUCCCAAAGUAUAUCCACAAGAAGAAACGCAUGCGAGGCGUACUAGAGGACCGUCUCAUGCAUGAGUGUCUAGACAUCGUUCUUGAACCGCUCAAGCAAGCUGCUCGUGUUGGAGUCAUGAUGUCAGAUCCUUCCACAACUCUCGCACAGCUCAAAGUCGUUCAUACGCGGGCUGACCCCCUUGAUCUUGAAGCAUUUUUCCGCGAAGCACAGAAAUUCCGGUUGAAUGGUGUGGCUACGCCAUUCUGGCGUGAUUGGAUUCUAGCUGAACCAUCACAUUUUCUCACUCCAGAAAUGCUUCACCACAUCCACCGGCAGUUUUACGAUCACGACGCGAGAUGGCUCAUCAAUGCUGUUGGGGAAUCUGAGAUUGAUUUCCGUUUCUCCAUCCUACCUCACAUCACUGGAUUCCGACAUUUCCAUGAAGGCAUAUCGAAGUUAAAGCAGGUCACUGGCCGGUGUCAAUGUGACAUCCAACGCGGUAUCAUUGCAGUCAGCGCUGACGCUGCACCUUCAGCUGUCCUUACUGCCAUACGCGCUCUUAUGGAUUUCCGGUACCUUGUCCAAGCUAGCCGCAUCGACAGCGAUGGUCUUGAGCGUAUUUCUGCUGCGCUAGCUGAAUUCCAUGCCAACAAAGAUGCCAUCAUCGCUGCUGGUAUUCGACGUGGGAAGGGUAAAAAAGUCAUUACCAAUUGGCAUAUCCCCAAACUCGAGUUCAUGCAGAGCAUCGUCCCAAGUAUCUGCAAUACUGGCGUCCCCAUGCAGUGGACUGCAGAUGCAACAGAACAUGCUCACAUCACUGCCGUCAAAGAUCCAGCACGGUCCAGCAACAACAACAAUUAUAAUCCACAAAUCUGCCGUCAUCUUGAUCAUGAGGAGAAGUGUCGUCGCUUCGAUCUUGCCACAAGUCUACUCGAUCCCGACAAACUAAAUCCGGUCUUCGAGGGAUUUGAUGAGGGUGAUAAUGAGGGCGAGGAUGAUGAAGAAGAUAUACCAGCAGACUUGUUAUCCGUGGUUCCUUUCCCUGGUCGCUCUCGGCCAAUCACAAAUUAUUUUGUGGUUGCGAAGCGUUUACACCACAAGGAUGUUGGCUCCAUCCCUCUACCAUUACGCACGUUCACUGCUGGACGGACCGCAUUCCAUCUUGCGUACUGUCCAUCAAUCAGGACUAUCACCAUUGACGAUGCGGCUUUGAAAUUUGGUCUCCCAGACUUACGUCCCGCCCUCACUGAUUUUCUCUCCCGCGAGGCUACUCACGGGCAACAUUACGUCCAUUCGAUAGGUGGGGGGCGAAGGGCUGGACCUCACGCGCAACUUCCAUUUGAAAAUUUGCAAGUGUGGUUCAAAGUGCGCUUGCAGAACACCGACUUCCAUGAAAUCAGCGACAUACAACCUGCGCAAACACUCAACUGUGUUCCUCCUGGUGAUACUUGGCCUUGCGGGCGUUUUGAUUCAGUUGUUGCCAACACUGAAGCAGGUUUCUCAUGGCCUACCAGUGGCCUCCAAGGUGCGUUCUCACGUGUUGUUCGCUUGACGUAUUUUUCAACAUAUUCAGGUCAUAGCGUUAUUCAAAUGAGACCCAUUAUGCGGCCUAUGGGAGGGGGUGCAUGCCAGUGGCGUGAUCACUUCCUUGUUUAUGCUAGUCGCUUUGACGUUGUCCCAGUCCUCGACUUGGCUACACAGUUACACAUCCUCAAGAGGGCUAAGAGAUCUAAUGGAACUCGCCUUGGCGACGUAAUACCUUUGUCCCAGAUCAGGGCUCCUGUGAGCCUUGUCCCUCGGUUUGGCAUUGCAGCAGAUAACCGUCUCACCGCUCACAACAGUAUGGAGCACUGCUUGGAGUUUUGGUUAAACAAGUACUGGAACAAACAAUUAUUUUUCUCCUUAACUACAUAA